AUGGCUGAUUGUCAUCGGAUUCCAUAUCAGACUCCUCCAUCGAGCCCUUAUAAAUCUCCUCCAUCCAAAAGUCCUGAUGUAUCUCCACCGAAGUGUGGUCCACCUAGGUAUCCCCAUCCAGAUCCUCGAGCUCAGAAGACUUCAUCUGCGUCUGGUCCCCGAGUUUCAUCUGCCAAGAGAGGGGAUCUGCCGAGGAGUUCUCAGGGUUCCCGAUAUGCUGUUAAUCGUCCUCCUGCAUCUCAGCGUGCUGAACCGACGAGUGCGCCGCCUCCUACUCCUCAACGUGCUGAGCCGCUACAUAUACAACCUCUUCGUUCUAUUGCUCCUACUACGAAGCCUUCUCAGAAGUCUACGGUCCCCUCAUCUACUGCUUCAUUGAAGGGGAAAUCUUCCAAAGGUGCUGCACCGAAGGCUGACCCAUCGAUAAAUCCUCCAACCAAGAGGAUAGCUUCGGAUAUGAGUCCCCUGAAGAGGCCAUCGUCGGAUAAAGCUGAUGAUUCUAAUGCUGCCCCAGUUAUACGAAGCGUCUCGGUCGGUAAAAAGAAGGUUACUUUUAAACACAUAGAUCUCGAGGUGUUCAAGGUAAAGCAUGAGCUCAAAUCUUUCUACGUUAAGUUUUAUGCUCCUGAUGACGAUCUAACUCAUGAUUUGAUUAAGAAUUAUAAGUUCGAUGACUUUCAUCUGCUGACAACCGUGGGGGCCUUCGAGGCUGGCCUUAUGUUUCCCCUGUAUAAGUUGGGUGGCUCUUUCUAUUACGACGUCUUGGCUCAUCAUUAG